AUGUUGGGUGUUUGUGGGGUUGUGGGUUGGGUGUGGGGGGUUGGGGUGUUGGGGGGGGGGGGGGGGGGGGGUGGUGGGGGGUUGGUGGGUGUGUGUGUGUGGGGGGGGGUGGGGGUGUGGGUGUGGGGUGGUGUGGGGGGGGGGGGUUGGUGUGGGGUGGUUGGUGGUUGGUGGGGGGUGGGUUUGGGGGGGGUGUUGGGGGGGGUGGGGGGGGGGGGAGUGUUGUUGGGUUGGGGGGGGGGGAUUUGGUAG